AUGCGUAUAUUGUGGUUUGGUCUGGGCUCUUUAUCUUAUGUUGUAGUAAUUCAAGCUAUUCGAGUGGUGGCAACCAAUACAACCUAUGCCGACCGAAUGGCUGCGUUUGGUCCCCGCUUGUCGGAGAGUGGAAAAUUAGGCUUCUUGGUCGAGCCAAGUCAAGAUCCGACUGGCUGCAUCGUUGUAGAACCUCCGUGCACAGACUGGGUUGCUUUGUUACAACGAGGAGGUUGUUCAUUUAUCACAAAGGUCCGGAAUAUGCAAAAGAGUGGAGCAAUUGCGGUAGCCGUUGGAGACCCAAACCACCAAACAGGCUGGAUUACCAUGUACGCACCAGGCAUUACAUCCGACGUUGUCAUUCCAAGUGUCUUUCUUGCUCAAAAAGAAUACAGGGCUCUUUUGUAUUUAUCCAGGAUGGUCGAUACACCUAUGAUGGUCCUUCUUCAACUAGACGAGAUUAUUACUUGGCCACUACUUGAUAUGCUUAUGAUCUUAUUUGUUUCUCCUAGCAUUAUUAUGAUAUUUAUUUAUAUAUCCUAUAGACUACGCCAAAGAAAGGCUCAUUACAUAGAUAUGGCCCCAAUUGAAGUUGUAGCUCGAUUACCGAUCAAGUUGUUUAAUCGAGAAAAGAUAUGUGAAAAUGAGGCCGAGGACUGUGCAAUUUGUCUUGAAGAUUAUCUCCCAGAUGAAGUACUUCGGAUCCUUCCUUGUAGACAUCACUUCCAUGCAUCUUGUGUCGAUGCUUGGCUUACAACCCAAAAGAAAUUUUGCCCUAUCUGUAAAAGAGACAUCACCUUUUCUACAAACGAAGUGACGCCACUACUAAUGGUCUAG